CAGGUUUUAAACGGCCGGCCGCUAGAGGACGCUGUAACACUAAAACAGGCUCUCCUCCACCCCGCUGCUCUUUUCCUCCCAUCAUUUUCCUCCAAUCAUCAUUACUAAUCCAGAGGAUCUCUUCCAGACGGACACAACGCCUUCACUGAUCGGUUCUCCUCUCCGGUCCUCUGCUGUCCUUCUGCCUCCUCCAGCGCUCCGACAUCCCGCUAAUCCCUUCACGGAUUUCAGUUUAAUCAUGAUGAUGAUGCAGUUUGCUCGGGGGUCUUGUGAAGGGAUCAGACAGCGGAUUGUUUUCUGAUUGUUCCUGAUCUGCUGCCGGCAGGUUUUCCUCCCUGAUGACGUAGGAUUCUGCUCCAUCAGCUGAUGAAGAGGACCGUGUGAUGUGGUUGAAAGCACCGGAUGAAGCUUCGUCCACGGAUGCAGAUAGAACGAUGACAUCAUCACCGUGGUGACAGCAGAGAGAGGAGCAGGGCCUGAUCAUGGGAGACAGAAGGAGGUCACAAUGUGCCGAAAUCUGUCCAAAUAUGCCCUCAUCUUCUUCUUCCUAGCGCUGUCCGGCCUCAUCUUCCUGCUGCGUAACAUCCACACCGUAGAGAACUGGAACUGCCACACCAUCUCCACCCUCUACCAGCUGCAGAGCAGGAUCCAGUCGUCCUUCAUCCCCGUCAAUCUUCCCACUUUCUACCACAACCGUACCUUCUGCGCCCAUCUGGGCCAGAAACCGUCUCCUGAAGAUGAAGUGGAAGAGCGCUACCUGCUGGACUCCAUCUCCUGGCCCGGCCCUCCGUCUCACUCCUCGCCUCCCCCCCUGCGUCAGACCAGCGACCCGGUCCACAGCCUGUUCGCCAUCCUUCCCAGUAAGGAGGGCCGGGAGUGGCACGUGGGCGACCAGCUGGAGGUCCUCGUUCAGAUGCACGACUUCCUGGGUCGCCCCAAACGCUACGGUGGGGAUUUCCUCCUGGCCAGGCUGCACUCCCCGGAGCUGGGAGCAGGCGUAGCGGGGAGGGUGGUGGACCACAGGAAUGGGUUUUACUCUGCUCUGUUCCCCCUGCUCUGGGAGGGAACGGCACAGGUGGAGAUCGUGAUGGUGCACUCCAGCGAGGCCGUGGCCGUGCUGCGACGGCUGAGGGAGGAACGGCCCGACCGGGUGUUCUUCAAGAGCCUGUUCCGCUUGGGCUUCUUGUCGGAAACCACCGUGUGCAACAUGUGUUUACCCCCCGACCAGCAGCCGCUGUGCAACUACACGGACCUGUACACAGGAGAGCCCUGGUACUGCUACAAGCCCAAGAUGCUCAGCUGUGACACCAGAAUCAACCACGCCAAAGGAGGCUACCUGAAACACCUCAUCACCAACAAGGAGGCGCUGCUCUUCCAGAGUGGUGUAAACAUCAAAGUUCACAUCCAUCCUUCAGGAACUCACAGAAUCAGCAUUCAGCCACGGAAAGAUAAAGCAGAGGAAGAAAACAGCAGCAUAAACCCAGAGGACUCUCAGCUCGGAGCGUCUGGAUAUUACUACGAGGACUCGUGGAGGCCUUUAGGGGGCGCUAUGAUGCGUCAGUUCAACCAGUCAUCAGCAGUGGCUCAGUGUCUGCAGAACAAAGUCAUCAACAUGUACGGAGACUCCACGGUCCGCCAGUGGUUCGAGUACCUCAUUGCUUUUGUUCCAGAUUUAAAGGAGUUUGACCUCCACAGUCCUAAAAACGUGGGUCCGUUCAUGGCCGUGGACAGCACCCACAACAUCCUGCUGAAGUACCGCUGCCACGGCCCUCCCAUCCGCUUCACCACCGUCAGGUCCAGCGAGCUGCGCUACGUUUCCAACGAGCUGGACGGCCUCGCUGGAGGCCCCGACACCGUGGUGGUCCUCAGCGUCUGGGCCCAUUUCAGCACCUUUCCGGUGGAGGUGUACAUCCGACGGCUUCGCCACAUCCGACGGGCGCUGGUCAGACUGCUGGACCGAGCGCCGGAGACGCUGGUGGUGAUCCGCUCGGCCAACCUCCAGGCCCUGGACCAGGAGGUGAGCCUCUACAACAGCGACUGGUUCUCCCUGCAGCUGGACCUGGUGCUCAGAGCCAUGUUCAAGGGACUGAACGUUCUGCUGGUGGACGCCUGGCAGAUGACUGCAGCUCACCAUCACCCCCACGCCCUCCAUCCCCCCCCAGCCAUCGUCAAGAACAUGAUAGAUACGCUUCUGUCUUAUGUUUGCCCCGACAGCACCAAGAGCCAGAAGUAGGAGCACAGAGAGGACAGAGGGCUCUUUACUGAAGGAAACUGAGGACUUUAUUGUGUGAAUCAGUCACUUUUUCACUUCUUUUUUCAGCUUCUUCUUCUUCUAAGCUGCUACUCUUUAAAUAUUGUCCUUACCAAGAGACUUUCCAGACUUGUGGUACUUUCCUGUUACCUUAAAGUGGCAACGGGAAGUUUUCGGCUCUGACUUGCCGUUAUGAAGUAGAGGCUGAUAAAGUUCUGUAACAGCUUUAGAGUGAAGACACCAUUAGACUGGUUUCCUGUAUGAACACUUUCACUAUGCAAUUCUUUCUAUCACUGGGGAAAUGAAGGCCCAGAUUGUGUCUGCUGAACCAGAACACAAAGAGGACGAUGCUUUUCAUUUCCAUGGUAGCUAGCGGUGGAACAUCUGGAGUAACGGUGGAAACUUUACCCAGCAGAAGAAAAAGAGCCACAAAAAUCAGAAAAAUAGAAAGAGCUCCGGAUCUGAGAGAGUUUAAAACCGACAUUCUUUUCCAGAACCUGCCUAUUUAUUAUCCCAGAUGGGACUUUUAUGCCUUCAUCCAAAUCAAGGUUUCUGUCUAACUGGGAUUCUUCCAGGUGGUUCUUGCUUUGGACAGGACUCUUUAUCUACAUAAAGCCUUCAUGGCUCCAUUUUGUACUAAACGAGUUCAUAGACAUCAUUUUUUUCUUCAGUUCCAUCCUGACACCAUCCCCUGCUUUCAGGGUUUAUUAUUCCAUUUUAAAUUAGAUUAUUCCAUUUAAUCUUACCUCUUCAGUGAGCGUGCUGCUUUCUCCUCUUUUAUUUCCUCUGUGCUGCUGCUUGUCUGAGGAAAAUGGAAAACGAUGCGGCGCUGUUUGGAAUCGAACUUUGAAAUUUGUCUGUUGCCACUUUAAUUCUGAUCCCCAAAGUUUAAUCUGUCCUUGGAAAUCCAAAGACUUUGGCAGUGAUUGUGAACGCUCAACUGGUUUUGUUACCAAAGUGUUUUUUGUUUGUUUGUUUACUUUUAUUCCUAAGUUUUGCCAAAGCUGAAGACUCUCUGAGUUGUCGUUUCAGGCUGUUUGGGUCUCUUUGUGUUGCUUUGUGUAAAAACUACAAACUUGGACACACGGUGGUGAAAUGCUACUCGUGUAUGUGUCCAUGUUUUUUCUUUGUUAUUUUAAAAUGCUUUUUCAUGUUUACAGCACACAAUAAAACCUCUAACUCCUUCUAGCAGACUAAAGGUAACGAUGGAAAUAUGGAUGGGAGGGCUUCAAAUGUACCGUUUUCCAUGAGAUUAUUUUUAUUUUCUUGUCAUAAGACAGGUUUCUUGGACGUUUUUCCAGCCUGUCCUUCCUUAUUGUGUCUUUUAUCUGGUGACUGUUCUGACUGACAGAUCUACUCUCAGUCUUUUAGCCUCCUCAGCUCAUGUUUUUGGCAAACAUCAAACCCCAGCAGCGAUGCGUUCUUCAUGAAUUUAUAAUAACACUUUUGUUAAUACACGUUUUAUAUUACAAAUGCAAAAAAAACCAUAACUGUUUUUAUAUGCAGUUUAAAGGUUUGGAGAGUGACGGUUAUCAGGUCUGUAUGAUACAAAGAGGAGGAUGUGCCUGUUUCUCUGUAAAUCUGUUCAUCCACAGCAACAAUCAGAGGCUGAAUAAUCGCACACUUUGUUGUAAUUUCUGUAUAUGAACCGUCAUGUUUACCAGCAUUUGCUACUGUCAGAUGUGUGCUUUUAUAACUCAUCGUGGUGUAUUCCACCAUCGUUUGCUUCCUCGGCAGUCAGAAGAGGUCUGAGCUGGGUGAUGUCUGUCAUGUUUAUAGUGAAUAUGAGGCUUAAUCUUAUCAGGACUUUGCUUAUCAUGUUGGUGACGCUUUUGUUGUGAUGCCUUUUCCUGAUCUGAUCCUGGACACUUCAAUAAACUGGAACAACGGGAAAAAC